AUGGCAGCACGGAUCCAGCAACCGUUACCACUAGGCAAAGGACAACAACAACAAAAUAAUGCCGUUCCCGCGCGAGUCGUGCCAAAGCUGCCACUGGAAUAUUUUCAAAAGAAUCCUUUCUUCGCAUUUCCUUCUUCAUAUCAUCGCGAUUAUUAUAUUUGUACUGAUUGCGGUGCUUAUUCUUGUGGCGGAGUUUAUUCGAGUCGUUGUCGUAAAUGUCAUGGUGUUGCUUCGGACCCUCCCCGUGAAAGCCGCCGUGAUUAUCUUUGUAUUGAAUGUGCUCGUCGUUAUGAGCCUUGCAGUUGUGAUCCUACUGUUAUUGUUAUGCAUCAUGAGUUAAUUUAUCGUAACCCUCCUGAAUAUUGCUGGUUUGCCAUUGACAAUGAGCAUUUUAAUUACAAAAUGAUGGUUGAACUUCUUUCUAUACGCUAA